UGGAUUACCUCAUUGCCGCGGGGGGUGAUGGUAAACGACAAUUCAGCUCCCUCAUAUCGCCAUCAACACUCAGAGAGAAUGCUGCGUUGGAUGGCGGACAAAUUCAACCAUGGUUAGAUGGUUUGCGACCAUCAGAUCUGCAAUUUGUGCAUUCCGGUCGAUGAGUGCAGCCUACGAACGUUUAGGGAUGGCCACAACAUGGCAGAAAAUCCUACUGUUCUACCAAGGGGUGCUAGAUAAUGGAGACAAAAGAACUGACAGCUGGUUGCUGGUGUACUCACCUGUGCCCAUCACUUGCAUCUUCCUGUGCUACCUGCUCCUCAUAUGGGGGGGCCCCAAGCUGAUGGCUCAGAGACAGCCAGUCAACCUCAAGCCUGUGCUCAUCAUGUACAACUUUGCUAUGGUCUGCCUGUCUGCCUAUAUGUUCUAUGAGUUCACAGCGUCAUCCUGGUUGGCAAACUAUAGUAUAUUAUGUCAGCCUGUGGACUACAACACCAGCCCACUGGCAAUGCGGAUGGCCAAGGUCUGCUGGUGGUUCUACUUCUCCAAAGUCAUCGAGCUCAGUGAUACUCUUUUCUUCAUCCUGAGGAAGAAGAACAGUCAGCUGACGUUCCUGCAUGUCUACCACCACGGCACCAUGAUCUUCAACUGGUGGGCUGGGGUCAAAUACGUGGCAGGAGGCCAGUCCUUCCUUAUAGGCCUUAUCAACUCAUUGGUGCACGUGGUGAUGUAUCUAUACUAUGGGCUGGCAGCGCUGGGGCCUCACAUGCAGCAGUAUCUGUGGUGGAAGCGCUACCUCACUUCCCUGCAGCUGCUCCAGUUCUUCAUAGUGACCAUCCACACCAGCUACAACCUGUUCACUGACUGCGACUUCCCAGACUCCAUGAAUGCUGUGGUGUUUGCCUACUCCCUCAGCCUCAUCGUACUCUUCAGAAACUUCUACUAUCAGAGCUACCUCACCAAGAAGAGCAAACAGACAUGAGACACGGAUGUAGAGGCAAUUAUUACUUUUAUUAAAUUGAUCAUGUAUGUUUUUUAAAUAUUUAUUGACCCUUCACGUUUAAGUAAAGCAGGUCUCUAUCCGCUGGACAUAAGCUUCUGUUUGUUUCUGUUCCAGCCUCCCCUCCAACCAUUAGGGUAACACACACACACACACACACACACACACACACACACACACACACACACACACACACACACACACACACACACACACACACACACACACACACACACACACACACACACACACACACACACACUCAGAGAGAGCUAGCCCUCUCCCAUUCCCUCCCAUCCCCCCUUAGGUCAUUAGGGAUGAAGUCCCAGACACGCUCUGGUGACUCUGCCAAAUUGAAAUAAACCUGAGCAGGCCUCCUACUCUUCACUCCACUUAUUUAUCUAAUCUCUCUCUGUGACACUUCAUUUGUCUUUGGAGUCAUUGGCUGAGAGGUUAGCCAAUCGCAAGUCAGCUGGCAGUCUAAAACCGCACCCUGUGCCCCUCCUACUCUCUCCCUCUCUGACUCUGUUCUGUGAGUCCCAAUAACUCAACUAGGUGAACCGAACAAGUGUGCUCGCAUACUCCCUUAAAAGACUUUUGCUUGAAAAGAAAAAAAAGUGGCAAUAGUACUGUUUGUCCACCUUGAGAUGCCGUAGCCAGUAUACACUUCCUCAAAUUAGUCCGAAUUAAUCUAAGAUAACUCAAAAAAUCUGUCAUUCAUUUAGACGUUUUUUAUUUAGAAGUCGCGAAGAUGUUUGGUGCAGUAUUUGUCAAGUGAACUAUUUUUUGCAUGAAAACAAGUAAUCUAUCGUUGUGAAUGACAACAAACACUUGAAGAAUCCCUACUGUUGACCAAUGAGGAGUAGACAUCAGCUACCAAAAUUCUGCUUGCCUCAAUAAUUUUUUUUGUUCUUAUGAACAGCCGAAGAACCCUUGCUAAAGAACAAAACGAACAAAAACGUCACAAAAUGUCUUUAUAAUAUAUGCACAAACUGUUUGCACAAACUGUUUCGGAUGCAAAGCCUGCAGACGCCUUUAGCUGAUCCUGUUUCCAAUGUAUAUUUGAACCAUUCAAGUGAGGAUAACUCUGAGGUGGUUUCCAUCUUAUGUCACUACUUUAUGACUUGUGAACAGUAAAGCCUAAUUUCAUUACUGAAACUGAUAAGCCUGUUUCCCUUCCUUCUUUGAAAGUCCUUAAAGUCGAGUGACAAUUAGUGCCUGUCCGUAUAGUGUCACCAUUGACUGACUGUUCUAGUUUUCCAUCCUGGGUGUGUAACUCUCGCUAUUCAUGGGUUCUGGAAAAUGACGUAGCUUGUAUUGCAGUGCAUGUGCUCCGUCUGUUGUGUUGAAUUGCAUGACAGCUGUCUUUAAAAAAAGCAGUUCAACAACAAUCACUAAGAGUUCAGUCAUGCAGGCACUGUGACUCGUGUCAUGACCAAGGACUGAGGGGCUUUGUGGCCCCAUAUAAAGUAGCUGGUUUGAAAUGUCUCUGGUACACACUUAGCCAGCAGCAUACCACCCUGUAUCCCACUGCUGGCUUGGUUCUGAAGCUAAGCAGGGUUGGUCCUGAUUGGUCCUUAGAUGGGAGACCAGAUGCUGCUGGAAGUGGUGUUGGAGGACACGUAGGAGGCACUCUUUCCUCUGGACAAAAAAUAUCCCAAUGCCCCAGGGCAGUUAUUGGGGACAUUGCCCUGUGUAGGGUGCCGUCUUUUGGACGGGAUGUUAAACGGGUGUCCUGAAUCUCUGUGGUCACUAAAGAUCCCAUGGCACUUAUCGUAAGAGUAGUUGUGUUAACCCCGGUGUCCUGGCUAAAUUCCCAAUCUGGUCCUCAUACGGUCACCUAAUCAUCCCCAGUUUACAAUUGGCUCAUUCAUCACCCCUGUAACUAUUCCCCAGGUUGUUGCUAUAAAUGAGAAUGUGUUCUCAGUCAAUUUACCUGGUAAAAUAACGGUUAAAUAAAAAUAAAAUAGAAAAAAAGGUGCUAUCUAGAACCUAAAAGGGUUCUUUGGCUGUCCCCAUAGGAGAAUCCUUUUUGGGUUCCAUGUAUAAUUAUUUUUGUGUUCCAUGUAGAAUCCUUUUUGUGUUCCAUGUAGAACCUUUUUGUGUUCCAUGUACAAUCCUUUUUGUAUUCCAUGUAGAAUCCUUUUUGUAUUCCAUGUAGAACCUUUUUGUGUUCCAUGUAGAACCUUUUUGUGUUCCAUGUA